CCGCUGACCCCGCUGUACCCGGCGGUGUUGGCUUCUGGCGUGGCCAGGUGCCGGCACAGUUAUUUACGACUGCGUGGUUGGACUGAGGUCGCAGGGCCAAAGAACUGCCAGGAUUCGCCGCCUCGCUCAGGUUAUUCCCAGGGUGAGCCCCCGGCCCCGCCAUCGGCAGGUUACCCCAGGCCUGGAGUCCGUAGGGUCUCUCUCCACAGCCGCGGACGGCUCCGCAUCGACUUCUCGCGAGGUUUCGGUGCCCCCCUCCCCCUCCCCGCUCCCUCGCAGCGCCGGUGCCCACGGCUCCCGCUAUGGCUGCACUGCGGAGGCUCCUGUGGCCGCCGCCCCGGCUGCCGCCGACGCUUUCUCCUCACCAGCCCUUUCUCGGGCCGUGGGGAAGGCCUGCGGGGCCGGCCCCGGGCCUUUCUGGACGGCCCUUCUCCUGUCAGGAGGAUGAGGAGGGGGCUGUGGCUGAGGCAGCUUGGCGGCGGCGGCGGCGCUGGGGAGAACUGAGCAUCGCAGCGGCAGCGGGCGGGGGUCUUGUCGGCCUCCUGUGCUACCAGCUGUAUGGGGACCUCAGAGGCGACUCCGCGCGGGUGCYGGCGCCCGGGCGCCCUUCCGAGAGCGCGGCCACAGAGCUCGAGGACCUGCCCCGAGGCCGGGGACUGCUUCCCAUCCCGGUGGCGGCUGCCAAGGAGACGGUUGCUGUUGGCAGAACAGAUAUUGAAGACUUAGAUCUCUACGCUACAUCUAGGGAAAGGCGAUUUCGUUUGUUUGCAUCUAUAGAAUGUGAAGGGCAGUUAUUCAUGACUCCAUAUGAUUUUAUUUUGGCUGUUACGACAGAUGAGCCCAAAUUUGCUAAAACAUGGAAGUCGCUAUCCAAACAGGAAUUAAAUCAAAUGCUUUCAGAAACACCACCAGUUUGGAAGGGAUCAUCAAAGCUAUUUCGAAAUCUUAAAGAAAGAGGUGUGAUUUCUUACACAGAAUAUCUUUUUCUUUUAUGUAUUUUAACAAAGCCACAUGCAGGUUUUAGAAUAGCUUUCAACAUGUUUGACACUGAUGGCAAUGAGAUGGUGGAUAAAAAGGAGUUUUUGGUGCUUCAAGAGAUAUUCAGGAAAAAAAAUGAAAAGAGAGAAACUAAAGGAGAUGAAGAAAAGCGUGCAAUGCUGCGUCUUCAACUUUAUGGAUACCAUUCUCCUACUAAUAGUGUACUGAAAACAGAUACUGAGGAACUUGUCUCCAGAAGCUAUUGGGAUACACUGAGACGUAACACAAGCCAAGCAUUGUUUUCAGAUCUCGCAGAGCGUGCUGAUGACAUCACAAGUUUAGUAGCAGAUACUACACUUCUUGUACACUUUUUUGGAAAGAAAGGAAAAGCUGAGCUGAACUUUGAAGAUUUUUAUAGAUUCAUGGAUAACCUUCAAACAGAAGUUCUAGAAAUAGAAUUCCUUUCCUACUCCAAUGGAAUGAAUACCAUCAGUGAAGAAGAUUUUGCUCAUAUUCUUCUACGAUAUACAAAUGUGGAAAAUACAUCAGUAUUUUUGGAAAAUGUGCGUUACAGUAUACCUGAAGAAAAGGGCAUCACAUUUGAUGAAUUCAGAUCAUUUUUCCAGUUUCUGAAUAACUUAGAAGACUUUGCAAUAGCCCUUAAUAUGUAUAACUUUGCAAGUCGCUCUAUAGGACAAGAUGAAUUUAAACGUGCUGUGUACGUAGCUACUGGACUCAAACUUUCACCACAUUUAGUGAAUACUGUCUUCAAGAUUUUUGAUGUUGACAAAGAUGAUCAAUUAAGUUAUAAAGAAUUUAUUGGGAUUAUGAAGGACAGACUCCAUAGAGGAUUCCGGGGCUAUAAAACAGUACAGAAGUAUUCCACUUUCAAAUCCUGCCUAAAAAAAGAACUUCAUAGCAGAUAAUAGAUAUUCCUAAAGCAAAUAUUAAUGGAUUACUGUUUAUCUGACAAAUGCAAGAAACAAAAUUUCUGAGAGUGGAAACAAGGCUGAAAUCAGAACAUGAAGAAAGGAAAGGUGAAAUGCUAUGGAAUUUAUAUAUUUUUCUUGAACUGAAUUCUUAAACAUAAAAGAGAUGAAAUGCAUCUUCUUCCUACAGAUGUUAUAUAUAAUCAAGUUGACCUUUUGACUUGAUUUAUUGAACUCUGCACUUUUUCAUUCCCUUCAGAAGUAUAUGCAUACUUCCACUGAUGAUAUAAUAAUAUAUUUAAAAUAUUUUUAUUUAUUAGGAAUUUUCCUUAUUUUAAAAUAAUUUAUGACUCAUAGA